AUGAGCCAUUUAAUUGACUCUUAUAAAUUAAUAUCAGCAAAAUUAAAAAAGAAGAAAUUCCCUAUGCGGAAACCAAACUAUGGGGAAGCAAUCGAUCAAUUUACACAAGUUAUGAAUAGUUUUAAAAGAGAAGGAAAUAAUAUAUAUGCAGCAUUUUGUUGUUUAUCGAUAAGCAGGUGCGAACAAGCAAUCAAAAGUUCAUCAUCCGCAGAAGCAUCUUGUUACAUUGAUGCUGGUUAUUUAAUAUGGGAAAAUGAAAUUCAAACCUCAGAAACAGAAAUUAUCAGCUUUGAAGAAAACAUACCAGAAGCAAUCAAUUGUUAUUUGUUAGCUAUUAAAAUUUACCAAAACUAUAAAAGAUUUAGCAUUAUGGGUACAUUAUAUUUUGAAAUGGCAACAAUAUUAAAAAAACUAAAUAAAUUAGAAGAAGCAGCAGAGAAUUUUCAAAAAGCAGCAGAAAUUCAAAGGACAGAAAGUCCAAUAAGCUCCAUCAACUCAUUAAAAGAAGCAGCUUAUUGUAAAGUAAUGGAAUGGGAUUAUAAAGGUGCAUGUGAUUAUUUAGAUAUGAUUGUUACCAUUGCAAGCGAAACUACACAACCUUUAGAAUCAAGAAUGAACCAAUUAUCAUUAUUUUCAAAUAGCGAAGACUCGAUAAUAAAUAAUAAUAAUAAUAAUAAUAGUAGUAAUAUAAAUAGUAUCAACAGUUUUUAUAAUAAUAAUAAUAAUAAUAAUAAUUUUUCGUCAUCUUCGUCAACAAUAAAUAUCAAUAACAAUACAAUUUUACCAUCAUCAGUUAGUAUAUCAUUAUAUCCAUUCCUAUUAAUUGAAUCUAGGGUAUCAUUAUUUCUUUUAUAUAUACUUCAAGAUAGUUUCCCAAAAGCCCAGGCUCAACUUAGCAAAUUGGUAACCGAUAUUAACGAUCAACAAUAUGGCACUGGUUCUGAACUAUCCGAAGAAACAAUUGCAAUUUUAAAUAAUCUUUUCAUUGCUUGUGAAAGAAAAGAAGUAAAUGGUUUGCCUGCGAUUCAAAGAGAACUUUGGAGCUCUUUAAAUGAUUUACAAAAUGACAUACUUCAAAGAAUUUGGUGUGCAAAUAAAAUGCUUGUGUAA